AUGAACACCAAUUCGUCCUCCGAAAAGUUUGCUGCACUAGAAAUCAUCGACUAUGAAGCUCUGAAACGGAAAGAUCCGAUUGAGAUUGAGAAGCUCAUUCAUGCUGGCAGAACGGUUGGCAUGUUCCAUCUUGAUCUUCGUGGUCCGUCUACCAAGGCGAUAUUCGAGGACAUGCCCGUAGUGUUCGACACCGCUCAAUCCUUUUUCAGACUUCCUCCAAACUCAGUGGAAAAAGUUGAGAGUCUUCGCGAGGGAAUGGAAAGAGGGUAUUUGAAGAGCAAUUCAUUCAACUCUCUGAUGCUGACUUCGUCUUCUAGAUAUCAUGCUGGCAAAGGAUUCGAAUAUUACGAGAUUGCCCGCGAUGAAUUCCAGCUUGGCAAAUGGGUCCUACCGGCCACCUUCAGGCCACAAGAACGACGUAUCGCCCGCACAGUUCAGAUCUUCAACAACUCCGUCCAGACGAUACUCAGCGAAUUGUGUGCCGCCGAAGAUAUCCACAUCUCAGAGCUUGGUGAUGACCCUACAAUACCUAGCGAUACAGCAUUGAAGAUCAAACUACACAGAUACCGAUAUAUGAUGGAGAUGGGUCUCAGACUCAAGAGUGGCAGACAGUACCGGUAG